UUCCAGCAAGCCACUGCAGCCGAACUCAGCCACUCCAUGUCCAGAAACGGGACUGAUCCUUUACCCAACGGCCAUGCACUACUCGGGUAAAACCUUGGAACCACGUCAGUCAGUCACGCACUUACUAACACACACACACUCUCUCCUCGCCAUCUCUCUCUCGCUGAAUAACUCGGUUUUUUUGUAUCUAGUAAUACAACCUUUAGCUUACAAAGCUUGACUGUGUAUCUCUGCAGUGAGGUGAGAGGGUGUGACGAUGCAGAGGACUUGGGAGAAGCAGCAGAACAAGAAGUGCCUCCACACAGAGACACUACUGCACACAUCCCCCUGCAAAACUCCAUACACUCCCCUGGUAGGUUUUGUGCUUUUGUGUGUGACAGCCCUGUAUCCAUGGGCUGCCAGUUACUCAUCCCUGGCUUAUAGUCUCCUUCAUUAGGGUUCUGAAGUCCAUUUGUUGUUGUCCUCCAUCUGCAGAGCCCUUUCAUAACAAGUCCAGGAGGGAUAUGGCCAGCUCUCCUGUGGUGUCCCAGAGCAUUCUCAAAGCCACCCCAGCACCAGUGAUGCCCCCUACUCUACCUAGGACCCCCCACUCUAGGUAA